AUGUAUUUCGGAACUCAUAAAGAUGCUUUUAAUUUAAUAAUUGAUACUGGAUCCACUGAAUUAUGGAUUCCGGAUAUAUCUUGUAGUUAAUGUAAAGCUCAUAAACUAUGGAAACAAUACGAUUGUAAAAAAAGUACUUAAUGCUUAGGAAGAUAAAAAGCAAGCGAAUUUAAUACAACAAUUUUAUGGACUAUGAAGCAAUAAGGAAUAAUAGAUAAAAUGAUAUUUUCAUUAUACUUAAAUGACGCUAGUUGUUAAGGAAAUAGUGCCUUAAUAAUCGGUGGAUACAAGUAAGAAUACGCUUUAGAUAAAAUUAAAUACAUAGAUCUUAACAGCGAGGAAUUUUGGAGCAUAGAUUUGACAGGUAUAGGUUUAUAAUUUGAAGAAAAAUGUAGAGUAAUUAAAUAAUAAUUAAUAAGUAGUUAAUAUAGUAUGUGA